UGAGAUUAAGAAAAAAUGUUCAGUGAGUGGAGGGAGGAGGUACGCAGGGGAUAGGGAAUGAAAAAUUGUUUUGAAAAUAAUAUUUUUUCUUUAGAUUUUGAAAUUGAAAAUUGUUGUCUUUUUUUUGGAAACUAAAACAGUUCUCAGAUGUGUUUUUUCAUUUAUAGUUUUAAAAAUUCUUAAAAAAAAAAACUGGGCCCUAGAAGAUUUGAGUCCUAAUAUUGUUCCAGAGACAUAUUUUAGAUCUUGUGAUGGAUGUAAACCUCCUUCCGAACAAAUUGUCCUACAAUUGGCAUUUGAUUAAGUGCAACUUUGGAUCUUGUGACCAUUCUGGUUGAAUAAGUUGGUAUGAUUCCUUUUAUUUAUUUUUUUGUUAGUGCACAUCAUCCAAUAGUGAUUUCCCUAUAAGCCAUGCUAGUCAACUUUCAAAUCCGUUCCUUAGUUUGCCGCUUGAAUUUGGAAAAUGUGAAUCAUGUGGUGCUGCGGAACCCGGGACAUGCGAAGGUCACUUUGGGUAUAUAGAAUUACCAAUUCCAGUAUAUCAUCCUUCCCAUGUGAGCGAACUAAAGCGGUUGUUGAGCCUGGUUUGCUUUAAGUGCUUGAAGUUGAGAAGUGGGAAGGUAAUGGAUAUGUUUAUAGAAGGCUUCACGUAAAAUCUAUUUGUCAUAAGUAAUUAAAUCCUUUUGCUUUCUUGAUUGAGAGGGUAGCAGAUUAUUGUGUUGUGUUAUGGAAAGUGUAAGUUUCUGCCACUGCAUCCUCAGAAGUCAUGCUCUGCCACUAAUAUUAACUUCAAUACUGUUUACUCCUCUUAGGACUGCCAACAUUGCUUUAUACUUGUCUUUAUAAGUUUCUAUUACUUUUUUGGGGUUUAUUAGUUUGCAUGCUUCUAUUACACUUCGUGCCAUAUCCACUGGAGCUUGUUGCACAGAAUCCUGCUUUCUUUGUGUCUUUUCAUUGCUCCUUGAUAUUUGAUUUCCUCUCUUAUGUGGUGAAACAUAAUGUCACUAAGAUAUAUGCCUAUGCUAGUUGCUCAUACUAUUGUUUUGUGCUUGGACCAGUUUAUGCAGAUGGAAGUAUUUGUCUGGAUAUUCUACAAAAUCAGUGGAGUCCAAUAUAUGAUAUAGCUGCUAUACUGACAUCUAUCCAGUCAUUACUCUGUGAUCCAAACCCAAACCCAAGCCCAAAUGCAGGUUUCCCCUUUUUCUCAUUUCAGUCAAUGCUCUGUGAUCCAAAUGCAAACUCACCUGCAAAUUCAGAAGCAGCAUUGUUGUUUAGUGAGAACAAGCGUGAAUACAACCGGAGAGUGUGUGAAAUUGUUGAGCAGAGCUGGACAGAAGACUAAAUCUCUCUUGCUUUG